AUGCUGCGCCUUUGGGCUGAGGUGGCAGAUGGUAGUGAUCCCGGUUGCCUGAGGCGAAGUCGGAGCCAAAAGAGAAUGAUGAGUGGACCUUGGCAUGUCGACGGUCGCGAGCGGGUUCUUAAGUUAGGCGAGAGUUUUGAGAAGCAGCCGCGCUGCGCCUUUCAUACUGUGCGCUAUGACUUCAAACCUGCUUCUGUUGACACUUCUUGUGAAGGAGAGCUUGAGGUCGGCAAAGGAGAACAGGUGACAAUAACUCUGCCAAAUAUAGAAGGAUCAACUCCGCCAGUAACUGUUUUCAAAGGUUCAAAGAAACCUUACUUAAAAGAAUGCAUUUUGAUAAUUAACCAUGAUACUGGAGAAUGUCGACUAGAAAAACUCAGUAGCAACAUCACUGUAAAAAAAACAAGGGUUGAAGGAAGCAGUAAAAUGCAGUCUCGUGUAGAGCAUCAGCAGCAACAAAUGCGGAACUUAAUGAGGACCCCCAAUCUUGUAAAACAUUCUCCAUUCGAAGACAAGAUGUCCCCAACAUCUUCGAUGGAUGAUAUUGAAAGAGAACUGAAGGCAGAAGCCAGUCUAAUGGACCAGAUGAGUAGUUGUGAUAGUUCAUCGGAUUCUAAAAGUUCAUCAUCUUCAAGCAGUGAGGAUAGUUCCAGUGACUCAGAAGAUGAAGAAUACAGAUCCUCUCCUUCUGAUCCAGGGAAUUGUACCUCAGGACAUCCUACUAUGUCUGCCACGGCGCAUUGCAGGAUUUCCAGUAUAGAUGCUGGUCAUAAUAGAUACCAUGACAAUAGUGGCCUUCUGAUGAAUACUUUAAGAAGUGAUUUGCAGCUGAGUGAAUCAGGAAGUGACACUGAUGACUGAAGAAACAUUCAGCUAUCCACAUAAAAUUUACAAAACAUGUAAUAAUUUAUUUUAUAUUAAGAAAAAAAUUUCUAAGACUGAGGAAAAUGCACCUUAACUUUAAAUGGUAAAAGAAAUGAAAUUCGAUUCAGAAUUUUCAGUUGAUGUUACUUUUUUUACCUUUUAUGGGUACCAGCAUUUUCAGUUGUUUUCAUUUAAUCUUAAACUUUUUUCAAGUUUUAAUGAUGAGAAAAGAGACUCAGAGGUUAGUCUCUUUGAGGUUAGUUUCUUGCCCACAUAUUGUUAGUUAAGAAGUAGCAGAUCAGAUAAAAAAAAAAAAGUAGCAGAUCAGGUAGGUGUUCUAUUGUUCAAGUUCAGUGCUUUGUUUUACCACAUUGCUGUCUCCAAUUGUGAAAUGUCAAAACUAUGGAUUUAUAAUAAAUUC